AUGAGCAAUAACGUCCACCACACCAACGACUCCGAGGCCGAGGCUGCCGCCCUCCAAGCCGAAUUAGAGCAGGUCACCCAACGCAUGGCGGAAUUGCGAGAGCAGGCCGCCCGAGCGCCUGGAGCAGGAGCGUCGGCGAAUGGAGGAACUGCAGAGAAACUCGCCAAGCUUUUCUGGAAAUUCAUCAAAGACCGAGGCUUGAUGGGACCGCUUCAAACACUGCAGGAGCGGUUGCUUAGCGCAGAGUCCAUCGAGGAUGCCUGUGAUCUCAUUGAAUCGUACCUUGGUUUCCCGUUCGCGACCCUCCUCACUUCCGCUGCGAUCGCUACACUCCCCGUUUCACAUCCCCUCUCCACCGCACCAACCCUCACCAUGGCUCGUCCCACCCCUUGUAAGCGUACUCGUUUUGAACGGGUCCUGUCCGACGAGGUGACCAGCGUAGAGUCAGAGUCGGAAGGCACGGAGUUUGUUCCGGAAACCUCCCCCGAACCGGUGUCACCAACUCGCCGGACCACCAGGUCGACGGCCCCCGUGACCUCGCCAUCUGCCAGCAGGGAAAGCGAGCUUGGGGGGUCAACCUAUACCCCCAGUGAGGAUGACGAGGCCGAGGAGACGGAGGAGGAGGAGAUCUCCGGCAUGGAGACAGAGGAGGCCAGCUCGCAUGGGGAGACGGAGAGCGGCGACAUCACUCAAGGAGAGGAGGGGGCGUGGGGUGCUGACGAUGCGCUGUUCCCGUCGUCUAUACGGCAGGCCUUCCAGAAUAGGGUUGUCGAGGGGACAGUAAAUGCAGCCGGCUUUGAUCAGAUGGAAAGGGACGAGCCUGCAACCGCACGUCGAGGACAGGGUUUACCACAUAUGGAGUGGAUCAUCACGACGCCGGCUACUCAGCUAGUCGAUGAGGCACUAGCGGCUGACAACCAGUCGAUACGCGAAAGUAUGGCGAACGGUGGCAAGAAAGAGCGGGGACGGCAAAGACGGCAAGAAGAAGCAGACAGCCCGCAAGACUCUGAAGCCGAGCUUUCCUCCAGCUGUACCACCGCCGGGACCCUCGAAACCAACUACGCGCUCGACGCGCGCAUCCUCCGCUGCAGCCGCGAGUGA